AUCUGCACAUUUAUGCAAGCUUUUCUUCCCUGGCAAUUGCAUGUCUUACAUAAGCAGAAAAAGAACCAGGCAAUAAUAAUUCAUUUCUUUCGACAGGGGGACGAGUAAUUACUUCUAACAGUAAUACGAAAAGGACAGAGCUUUGAGAUGCUGUCUAUAUCUGACUGCAUACCCUGGAUGACUGUAGGCUUAGCCGAGAGUGUUGCUAUAGUAACACUCAACCUCUGUACGAUAAUUGUGUUUAUAAGAAACCGUAAUCUCCGCAAGCGUAGCACGUACCUGGUGAUAAAUUUGGCAGUUGUAGAUAUGUUUGUUGGAGGAUUUGUUGUGUAUACUAUGUUCUAUUGGUCUGGGGUACACUGUAAUUUAUUCACGUGGCGUUCAAUUGGAAAGUGGACGCUCAAUAUACUACAAGUAUUCUCGGUUUUUUUCCCUCUUAGUUCGUUAACAAACAUGACAAUUAUCGCUUUAGAGCGGGUGCACGCAACGUACCGACCCUUUAAACAUCGAUUGCUCAAAAAAUGGCUCUACGGAGUUAUAAUUGCCGUUGGUUGGAUCACAGCUGGGCUGGUAAUAGUUACUUACGUACUUCUUGCACUUUUUAGUAAAUUAAAUCAUCAUGUUUACUUAAGGACUACUUUUUACCUUAUUUGUCUUUUGAUUAUUUUUAUUUCUUACACGUCCAUUGCUAUUAAAGUCCGUUGUGGAGCGCAGCCUCAACACCAUGAUGCAACCAGUAUAGAAAGAAAACUGACCAUGACAUUGUUCAUUGUGACUUUUGUGUCUCUUCUGCUGUGCCUGCCAUUGCUUAUAUUCCAUUAUGUCCUUUUCAUCACUAAAUUUAAAAUAUUGUCCUUUUCAGUGGGUUUUCAUUUAGAGUGUGCAUUGCUUGUGUUAUUUUUUGCAAACUCUCUUGUAAAUCCUAUAUUAUAUACUAUCCGCAUGCCAGAAUACAGAUCAGCUUUACUUGCACUCUUCCGCAAACAACCUCAGCAACAAAGACAAGUUGCAGUUCCUCUUCGUGACAUGUAAUGCAGAGACUAUAAAAAGCUAUUCCAGUUUCUCUGCCCGGCUUUGUUGUUUUCAAACAUUACAUUAACCCCACAUUUUAUAGACGAACGAGCACGAUGAGAGAACAAAACAAUUAUCGUCGUGAGAAAGUCUGACGUACAGCAGAUGAACAUACAAUGAAAUUCCGAUUUUUCGAGCCUCCAAUGGAAACAAAAAUUAGAGCGAAAAAUCGGACGGUUGGAGAAAUCGGAGGUAAAGGUAGAGUGUUCGGGUGAGGAGUGAGAAACGACUUUUGGUUCCAGUUAUCGGGAGGUUUCAGAAAGUGAGGGUUCGAGAAAUCGCGAUCUCAUUGUAGUUUAAAGGAAAAUAAACAAGACGCUGUGCUCUAGGAACAAAAGUAUAUCUGGUGUUUUAUUGCCUAUUUCUUAAGUUUCAGAGUAGGUGACUAAAAUUGAUGUUAAGUUAAUUGACGAUUUAAUUUAUAGUCAUGUUAUACCAUCUUGAGUGCGAUUAUGGCAUUGCGAUUUUCUAGCACUCAACGUGUUAGUUAGUUAAUAGUCUACAUGAUUCGGUAGAGAACGAUUUGGUUCAAUUAGUUAGUAAAUCUACCAGGCGAUGAAUCUUGUAUAAUUGAGUCUGAAGAUGAUAUAAAAUAAUACCGAAAUGUAAUAUCGCUAAUUUUCCUUUCCUUUUCCUUCCUAUAUAUAAUUAGUUACAAUGCAGUUACUCGGAUUAACCUUUAUCCUUUAUGCAAAUAACAAGCUCCUGCAUAUUAGAACGUAAAGAGGCGCUUUAUUUCAAGGGAGUUUCCCCGCGUUCGGAAAUAGAACACUCCAAACUUGUCCCGAGGCCGCCUUUUCCUUUGAAAGUUUCGGAAGGGCGGGAAAAGCCAGGGAGAAAAAAAUAGUGAAAUGCAAACAAACAAACAAAGAAACAAACAAGAAAUAAACUAAAACAAAUCCAAUUUCCUCAAAGAAUUUUGAGCAGAAAUCUUUUUGGGGGUUGUACGUCGCCGACAUUUUCUCCAUCGAAAUUUAUUCUUACUGAAUUUCUUUAUUUGGUUUAUAUUAUCAAGGGACCAAUAAAAUAGCAGAACGUACCAGCCAACACAGGGUCUUUGUCUGUCCUUCUACUUUCGAAGGGAAAAGCGUCCUAGGUUAAAUGAUGAUAUAAUACAUUUUAAAUGUACAAUAUGAAAAUUGAUAGAUGUUUAAAAGCAUACUUAGUGCUAUAUAACAUAUUAGAUUAUGAUAAAGAUAAAUAACAGUAUCAAUGAUGCUACGAAUUGAUUUCUCUUUGUUUGGAUUUGUUAUUUCAAAAUUAUU